AUGGAAAAAUCCCAGCCCCGCCCUAAGUCUCCCCCGGAUUAUCCCAACCCAGCCUCCCCUUUCCCUGUCGAUGUCCGCAUACUCAACACAUCUGCGAUCAGCUACGAUGAAACUGGUAAUACGCGCCUCUACCUCCCACCAUGGGCAUUUUUGGAGCCCAUCCUGCGUGGAUUCAGAGGACCCCAGGCCCCUAUCUACUGUUUCCUAAUCUCGCAUGAAGAACAUCACAUCAUCUUCUACCUUGGCUCCACACCAACUUGGAGAAUCAUGCACCCGAGACCGUUCGAGCAAUCGAAGCAGCCACGGUCUGACGCGGCCGGUCGCUCUGUCCGCGAGAUCAGCUUUGACCACGACAGCCCCUUGCGCGUGGGCCCCUUCAACAUCGUCGACUACUUUGGUGACGGAUUCUUUUACAUCCUCGAUGCUCCCGGUCAGUCUGGGGGUGCACUUCCGUGGCCUCGCUCGCAAAACCGCUAA